AUGCCCAGGAGGGCGCUCUGGGAGGCUCUGUCCCUACUCCUGAUGGUUCUCUGCGGACACUCCGGCCACGUCCACGCCUGCCCACACCCAUGCGCCUGCUACGUUCCCAGCGAAGUCCACUGCACCUUCCGCUCCUUGGCCGCCGUACCUGCUGGCAUUUCCAAACACGUGGAAAGGAUCAAUUUGGGGUGCGUCUUCAAAUUCAGCUACAACAAACUGAGGGUCAUCGCAGAGCGGACGCUGCAGGGGCUGUCCAGCCUGGUGCGGCUGUACGUGGACCACAACCAGAUCGAGUUCCUGCACCCCCAAGCCCUGCGCGGCCUCACGGCCCUGAGGUUGGUGAACCUGGAAGGCAACCUGCUCCACCAGGUGCACCCCGCCGCCUUCUCCACCUUCUCUUUCCUCGGCCACUUCCAGCUGUCCACCGUCAGGCACCUGUACCUGGGCGACAAUGCGCUGGCCUCGCUGCCCGCCGGCCUCCUCCAGAACAUGCCACUGCUGGACAACCUCUACCUGCACGGCAACCCGUGGGCCUGCGGUUGCCACAUGGCCUGGUUCCGACGCUGGGGAGCCAGGGACAGAGGGGUCCUCAAAUGCAAAAAGGACAAGGCGUACGAGGGCGGUCAGCUGUGUGCGACGUGCUUCAGUCCCCGGCGGCUACUCAAACAGGAGAUCCACAAGGUCGGGGAUGUCGCUUGCACCAAGCCGCUCAUCCAGUCCCCUCUGAGGCUGAACAGCAGUGCAAGCAGUGAGGAGGAGACAGGGGAUGAAGAGGAAGACGUGGAUGACCAGUCCUUCCUCGACCGCCUCCAGCUGCCCGCGUGGAACGUGUCUCUGAACAUGACCGACGAGCAUGGGAACACAGUGGACCUCACCUGCCGCAUCAAGCAGCCGUCCGAGCUGGCCGCCGUCCACUUGAACCAGACCGAGCCGCUGGAGGUGGAGGUCAAUGCAACCGUGGCCCUGGAUUUCGAGUGUCCAAUGACCAGGGAGAAGUAUGAGAAGCUGUGGAAGCUCAUUGCCUAUUAUAGCGAGGUCCCUCUGAAGCUCCACCGAGAACCCAAGGCCGGGAAGGAGCCCAGAGUGCCCUCUGAGUACAGGCAGGACGUGGACGAUGAGGCCCUCUACUACACGGGCGUCCGGGCCCGCAUCCUGGCUGAGCCCGCCUGGGUCACCCAGCCGACCAUCGACCUCCAGCUGGACCGGCGUCAAAGUAUGGCCAGGAAGGUGCUCCUGUCCUACCAUGCACAGUUUUCACAGACGGUGUCCUCCAAGGACCUGGGACGGGCAGGCAGCAGGAGCUGGGUGAUGGUGGAGCUGGACGGAACCGGGCAAACCACUAAGACCAUCCUGGAAGGAACCUCUUUCCAGCUGAGCUGCAACGUCAGAGCCUCCCAGAGCCCCUCCAUCUUCUGGGUGCUGCCGGACGGCUCUGUCCUUCACGCUCCCGUGGACGACCCCGACAGCAGGUUCUCCGUCCUCAGCAGUGGUCAGCUGAGGAUCCGGUCGGCUGAGUACACGGACUCGGGCCUGUACCACUGCGUCGCUCAGGUGCCGGAUGAAACGGACCGGAUGGUGUACAGGAUUUCGGUCCAGACGCCGGUCAGCCAGCCCCCCGAGAGACACACAGUGACCGUCGACAAGAACCCCGGGGAGUCGGUGACGUUACCGUGCAGCGCGCUAGCCAUCCCCGAAGCACAGCUCAGCUGGGUCCUCCCAGACCGAAGGAUCCUCAACGGAGCGUCCAACACGUCUCACACCUACUUGCUGGACAGCGGGGCCCUCUACAUCCCCAAGGCGCGAACCAGUGACAGUGGCCACUACAGAUGCGUGGCCGUCAACCUGCAAGGCACCGACCAUUUCACGGCGGGGGUCACGGUGAACAGGAGAGGAUCCGGCAGGACCUCAAAGAGAGGCCGGCGUCCUGGCUCCAGGGGGCGAGGGGACGUGGUCGAAGACGAAGGUGGCUCAGGGGUGGGAAGCGAGGACCACGUUCCGAGGAGGACUGUCCUUCCAGGGGACACAGACGGGUUCAUGCAAAGAAAGGACGAGUCGGAAGCCGAAGGUGGGAAGCCCAGGAAAGGCCGUCGGAAAUGGAAACUUUGGAAGAAUCCCGAGAACAAGGAACCGGAGGCCAAGGUCGCCGAAGGCCGGAGAGGAUUUGAAUCCAGGAGGAAGAUUAACAUGUCGAACAAGCAGAUCAACCCAGAACGCUGGGCAGAUAUCCUUGCCAGAGUCCGAGGGAAGAAUGUCCCCAGAGUGACCAACGGCCCACAGGUCACGCAGAGCACGACCCCUUCCUCCGUGGCGGUCAUGGAGGUGGGACCUAUCUCUCCUGCUCCACCACCACCUUCAGUGUCUCCCCCACAGACGGCGAUCGACACAGAAGAAUUGUCGGCAGAUAUGACUGUAGUCGAGGAGGACGAGCUGUCCACACCCUUGUCAACGAGGUCCUCAACCAAGGUGGUGCCAGAACAUGACCACCACGAGGUCAUCUUCGCUGAGCCUGAAGUAACACGCCAUCACCUAGAAGUCACCCGCGAGAAGACAGAGGACGACUCUUCUUCUGCCGAAGAGGACUCAUCCAUCUCCACGUCCACGUCUUUGCCCUCCGAGUCCACCUCUUCUUCUCCGUGGACCCAGGACACGUUCUAUGAAGAGCUUGUCCUGGAGGAGGUAGUAGCAUCCGAGAGUGGGCCCACUGCCCCAGGCUUUGGACCCUUGUCCCCAGUCACAGACGAUACAGACGAGGGUCCAUUGGAUGCCGUCUCUGUGGGAGACUCUCAAACCGAAGCACCUCUCUACUCAGACUUAGAGACUGAUUCUCAAGCCCUUGAGGAGGUGGUGGAAGAUCUGACCACCACAGACUUCACGCCCACUCCUACCUGGCAGACUGUGGACUCCAGGUUGCCAGAGUCGGAAAGGGAACUCGAUGGACCAGUGCUGAUACAUCGACAGGGACACACGGACAAUCCCCACGCAAUGGAAGGAGACGUGGGUGCUCAAGGGAUGUCUUCAAUGGGCCAAGAGUACUCUCAGAUGCCAGGGCAAGGCGACGUGCUGGUCAGAGAACCCACAGACUCUGGACAGCCCACAGAUGAGGGCUCUGAACACAGGGAUCAUGUGUCUCCCUUAAAUCAGAUAAGAGAAGCCGCUUCUGCUCCCCGCGUUGACGGGUCCACCGUGACAGCAUCCACGCGGGUACCCAAGCCGGGGGCCACCCCACCCGCCACGCUGACCACACGCCCUCCUCGUAGAAAGUCCAGCGGAAGGAGGAAGUCACGGCCGCACAAAUGGCGCCACCGGCAGAAGCAGGCCCAGGCAACGACUCCCAGCCCCAUGGAGAUGCCUUCUGCGUCUCCUGUUAGAGGCUCCGAGGUCCCGGGCCAAGCCGAGGGUCCUCUCGUCUUGAUAUCUGAGGCCAAGGAUGGCACAGCAGAUGUUCACAAACAGUGGGAGGCGGUGACGCCUGGCAAGCCGGUGACCAAAGGGAUGAGACGCAAGCAUUCACGGAAGCAAAACAAGCAUCGAGAUGUUGCUUCUACCAUGAGCUCAAGGGACACGGUGCCCAAGACCACCUCGCUCCCAGAAAAGAUGAGCUAUGUCCUAGAAAAUAAACAUAAACAUGGGGCUACCCAGCUCCCCGAAAUGUUCCACUUCUCUACAGAGGUUCCCCCAAAAGCCAGGAACCCACACGAGACAGGGAGAGCAGGAGAUUCUCUGACGAUCACUCCCAAAGUGCACCUACCAUUCAGUCAACUGCAAGACAAAAGUGUAGUCACAGAUCAACCCAUCUCAGACGGGGGGGAAAUGAAGAAGGCUGCUGAAAGUGUGGACCACGAUGACCAUAAAUCCAGCACUCCCGUCCCCACUGAAUUAGGAACCAAUAUCAUUUCAUUAUCUGCUGGCUUGACUGCCUCCACCGUGGAAGAAUUGAUCAAAGACCCCUCAGGGUCUCCAGAAACUCUACAUUGGCCUGCUCCAAGCCCAGCCCAACCAUGGAGACCAGAGACCAGCUUCCCCGAUGGCGGUGUCCAAGAAACUCAGACGGACCCAUCCCGUUGGAAAAAGUUGGAAAACCCAUACGUUUCUUCUGAGUCUCCGUCCUCCACAAUCGUCUCCACACUGGCUUUUGAAAAACUUGAUGUUUCUACCACCCUUUCAGCCCAAAGACCUGAGUUACAUUCAAGCCAUGGAGACACCACGAGCCACGGUCAGGAUCGGCAAAUGCCCACCCUGGCGACUGUCCCUCCUGCAGUCGGGCCACAGGCUCACACCCCGACUCCUGGCUCAACGGGUGAGCCAACGUCCACAUCCCCACCCAAGGUGAUGGUGUCUCUGGUGGUAGAAACCACCACAAUACCCACAUCUCUUCCCUCAGGAACCUCUCCCACACCCACAGAACCCAAAGAAAAGGUUGUGUUUACGUCUUCUAUGGGUAUCUUAAAACCCCAAGACCCCCAACUCCACAAUGAGGGGGCCCAGGACCAAGAGAAGCCAAAUGGAUUUUCUCCUCCAGCUUUCCAGAGAUUCAGCACCACCUUCUCUCCAAAGGAGGGCUGGAUGGAGGAGGUGAAGGAGGAUGGUGCUUCAGAUACUCUACCUCGAGGUCCAGCGGUUUGGCACCAGGAUAGAAGAGGACACAUCUCCCACCAACCAGGCAUCACUUUCCCCCAACCUACCCCUUCAAGGUGGACCUCGAGCCCACCCCCUAAGGCCACUCAGAGCUCCUCCAGAUACUUCAUGGCGUCACCACCAGCACGCCACACGUUUGCCGUUGUGACGAACAAGCCAGAAGUCACCGCCUAUCCUCCAAAGCCUGUCCCGGGGAGUAAGUUCUUUGUGUCUCCAAAAUUCGCAUCCAGAACAACUCCUGCUCCAUGGCCCGGACCCCAAAGCCACUCCCCGAAGCCACACGGUGACCUUGAAACCAGCUUGUUCAAUGGCCACGCCAAAGUAUUUGGCAGUAACAACAUCCCUGACCAAAGGCGUCCUGUUGAAAAGCCACCAGGCUCAAGACUUCCUCCACAUUUGCAGGGGAAAUACCCAUUCUUCUUAAACAAGACUUUGGCAUUCUCGCAGAUAGCGGGCACCCUGAAGCCCCCCAUGCCCACCUUCCCCAGCUCGGUGACCAGAGAGAGGAAAGUCCAGUUGGGAUCUCACCACAAGGUCUUUUCUCAAAGCGUCUUUCACAUAGACUUUGGUCCUCCUGCUCCUCCGUUGUCCCACCCUCCCAGGGCCACCAUGCCACCAUUGACCAACAGACACGUCGUCCUCCCGGUCCAUCCAACCUGGAACGCCAUCCCUUCCACUGCGUCCCCCGGGCAGCCUUUCCGAAACUUCCCUCAGAGCGGCUCAAGGCUCUUCUCCUCCAUCGGAGGCCCCCCUGCGUCCAAGUUCUGGAUGCUCGGGGAGAAACCCCAGAUUGUCACCAAGUCCCCGAAGACCGUGUCCGUCACGGUGGAUGCUGACGCCGUGUUUCCGUGCGAGGCGACAGGCAAACCCAUGCCGUUCGUGACCUGGACAAAGGUGUCUACAGGUGCGCUCCUGACCCCCAACACCCGUCUGCAUCGGUUCGAGGUGCUCAAGAACGGCACGCUGGUCAUCCGGAAGGUCCAGCAGCAGGACCACGGCCAGUACCUGUGCACUGCCAAGAACCUCCACGGCGUGGACACCAUGCCCGUCCAUCUGUUUGUCACCACGCAGCAGCCCCAGAUCCUGGCCUCCCACUACCAGGACGUCACUGUCUACCUGGGGGACACCAUCGCCAUGGAGUGCCUCGCCAAGGGCACCCCCGUCCCCCAGAUUUCUUGGAUCUUUCCCGACAGAACGGUGUGGCACAGCGUGUCCCCCGUGGAGAGCAGGGUCACGCUGCACGAGAAUCGCACGCUGUCCAUCAAAGAGGCUUCCUUCUCCGACCGUGGCGUCUACAAAUGCGUGGCCAGCAACGCGGCGGGGGCCGACAGUCUGGCCAUCCGCCUGCACGUGGCCGCGCUGCCCCCGGUCAUCCAUCAGGAGAAGAGAGAGAAUAUCUCGCUGCCCCCGGGGCUGAGUAUCCACGUCCACUGCACGGCAAAAGCUGCCCCUCCACCGACCGUGCGCUGGGUCUUGGGCGAUGGCACCCAAGUGCGCGCGUCGCAGUUCGUGCGCGGGAAUCUCUUCGUCUUCCCCAACGGCACGCUCUACAUCCGACACCUGGCCCCGAAGGACAGUGGCCGCUACGACUGCGUGGCCACCAACUUGGUGGGCUCGGCGCGCCGGACCGUCCAGCUGACCGUGCAGCCCUCCUCCGCCAACGCGCGCAUCACCGCCACCUCUCCAAGGAGGACCGACGUGCGCUAUGGCGCGACCUUGCGCCUGGACUGCAGCGCUUCGGGGGACCCCUGGCCACGCACACAGUGGAGGCUGCCUUCCCAGAGGAUGGUGGACCCGCUUUUCAGCUUCGACCCCAGGAUCAAGGUCUUCCCCAACGGGACGCUGGUGGUGAGGGCGGUGACUCAGAAGGACUCUGGAAAUUACCUGUGCGUCGCGCGUAACGAGAUGGGAGACGACUUCGUGGUGCUCAAGGUGAACGUGGUGAUGCAGCCGGCCAAGAUCGAGCACCAGGAGCAUGACCAGCGCGUGCCCUACGGCAGUGACCUGCAGGUGGACUGCGUGGCCACGGGGCUGCCGGACCCCGAGAUCUCCUGGAACCUCCCGGACGGGAGCCAGGUGAUGCAGUCGGAUGAGGGCGGCGCUGCGCGCACCAAGCGCUUCGUCGUCUUCCACAACGGCACCCUGUACUUUAACGAGGUGGGUCUGCGCCAGGCCGGCGAGUACACCUGCGUGGCGCAGAACCAGGUGGGCAAGGACGAGAUGAAAGUGAGGGUCAACGUGGUGGCCGCCCCGGCGGAGAUCAGUAACAAGACCUACUCCGUGGUCCAGGUCCCUUACGGAGACGUGGUCACCGUGUCGUGCCACGCCAAAGGGGACCCCGCGCCCCGGGUCACCUGGCUGUCCCCGACGCACAGGCUCAUUCCGGCCUCUUCUGAGAAGUACGAGGUCUCCGCCGAUGGCACGCUCGUCAUCCGCAAGGCACAGCGCUCGGACAGCGGCAACUACACGUGCGUCGUGCGCAACAGCGCAGGCGAGGACCGCAAGGCUGUGUGGGUUCAGGUGCGCGUCCAGGCGCCCCAGAUCAACGGUAGCCCCAACGCCAUCACCACCGUGCGAGAGGUGGCCCCCGGGGGCAGCCGCAAGCUCAUUGACUGCCGCGCUGAGGGCAUUCCAGCUCCACGGGCCCUGUGGGCCUUUCCCGAGGGGGUGGUCCUGCCCGCCCCCUACUACGGCAACCGCGUCACAGUGCACCGGAACGGCACGCUGGACAUCCGCAGCUUGCGCCCCAGCGACUCCGUGCAGCUGGCGUGCAUCGCGCGUAACGAGGGCGGCGAGGCCAAGCUCAUCGUCCAGCUCACGGUGCUGGACCCCGCAGAGAAGCCGGUCUUCAGGGACCCCGUGGACGAGCGCAUCAUCGCCUCCGCCGGACACACCAUCAGCCUCAACUGCUCGGCGGCCGGCGCGCCCGCGCCCACGCUCCUCUGGCUGCUACCCAACGGGACGGAGCUGGCCAGUGGCCGGAGGCUGCGCCGCUUCUUCCACCAGCACGAUGGCCGGCUUCACAUCUCCAGCCUGUCCCCCGCGGACGCAGGCCCUUACCGCUGCGUGGCGCGCAAUCCCUCGGGACACUCGGAAAGGUUGGUGUCCGUGCAGGUGGGGCCUCAGCCGGCUGCGCACAACGCCGUGAGCGUCACGCACGGGGACACGCUGCACCUUAACUGUCCGCUGCGCAUAACAGCUGGCCGGCCCUCUCCAGUGUCCUGGACGCUCCCCAGCGGCUUGGUUCUUGGGGUCCCGCAGGCCGUGGGGCGCUUUGUGCUUUGGGAUAAUGGCACGUUGACGGUCCGCGAGGCCUCGGCGCUAGACCGGGGCAGCUACGCUUGCAGGGUGGACACGGCGGUGGCCAGCGUGCCGGUCAUCGUCAUUGCCUAUCCGCCGCGCAUCACCAGCGAGGCGGCGCCGGUGGUGUACGUGCGCACGGGCAGCGCAGUGCACCUGAGCUGCCUGGCCGUGGGCAUCCCCAGGGCGCGCGUGAGCUGGGAGCUGCCUGAUGGCGCACGGCUGACCGCAGGAGCGCACGCCCGCGUCCACGCCAACAAGAUCCUGCAGCCCCAGGGCGCGCUCACCGUCCAGCUCACCUCGUCCAGGGACGCUGGUUUGUACAAAUGCUCCGCAGAGAACGCGGUGGGCAGAGACUCCAAGACCACCUACGUCCACGUGUUCUGA